AUGUAUGAAGAUACAAUUAAAUCUGAAUUUGUUUUUGACUAUCCAAAAGAAACAAUUAUAAAUAAUGACAAUAUUAUAAAUAAUUUUAAUGAACAAUCAAGUUUUUUUGUACAAAAAUUUCCCAAUGAAACAAAAUCAUUUUAUUUAACAUACAGAGAUAUUAUUGAUAAUGCAUUGACAGAAUUAGAAGUACCAUACAUAUAUCAUACUGGACAUAGUACUGUUUAUAAAGGAUUUUCAAAAAGAUAUAAUAAAACUGUUGCUAUUAAAAUAAUACAUAAAAAUAAAAUACCUGAAUCAUGUCGUGAAACAUUUCUACCAAGAGAAUUAUUUGUUACAAAAUCUGCUAAUCAUCCAAAUCUUGCUAAAUGCCUUUAUAUCUCUCAACCAAAUGAUUCAAAAAUUGUUAUCAUAUCUGAAUAUUAUAAUAAUGGUACAUUACAAGAUCUUAUUAAUAGAAAUAAAAGACUUCCCGAAAAAGUAUGUUCUAUUAUAUUUCGUCAACUUAUAGAAGCUGUCAAUUACCUUCAUCAAAGGGGAGUCGUACAUCGUGACAUUAAACCAUUAAAUAUUUUAUUUGAUGAAAAUAAAAAUUUAAAGUUAGUUGAUUUUGGUUUUGCAAGAGAGAUGAAACUUUUUGAUAAAUCUACUUCUUUUUGUGGUAGUCCUAAUUAUACUACAAUUAAUGUUUUGUUACAAAAACCAUAUUGUCCUUAUGCUGGAGAUUGGUAUUCAAUUGGAGUUGUUUUAUAUGUAAUGUUAACUGGUGAAUUUCCAAUGAAUCCUGUUGAUAGGAUGAGAUUAGGUAUUGAUGAUGUACGUUUUUAUAGUUACUUUCCUAGUGGUAGAGCAUCAUCAUUAUUAAAUGACUUACUUAAAAUUAAUGAAGAAGAAAGAGCAGGAUAUAAAGAGUGUAUGGAAAGUGAAUUUAUGAAAUUUCAUAAUGGUGAAUGGCAGUUAAGUGAUAAUAAAUAUAUUUAUAAAAUGUUAUAA